AUGACGAUGGAUGCGACGAGUGCCGACCAGGCUCAGACUGCGGCUGCAGCUGCAGAUGCAACUCCUGCGCAACAACCGCAAACACAACAACAAGCUGCCUCCUCCGAGAGCGCGCCUCAACGACGUCCGCCUGCUGUAACGCGCGAUCGUCAUAAUCAGCAAUCCCUCGGCGCAUCCCUCAAUACCUCCGUAAAGCAGGCUCGCGUGCUCAUGGUUGGUGCCGGUGGAAUUGGUUGUGAGCUACUCAAGAACCUUGUACUCACAGGCUUUGGCGAAAUUCACAUUGUCGACCUCGACACUAUCGAUCUUUCCAACCUGAAUCGACAGUUCCUCUUCCGUCACGAACAUAUCAAGAAAUCCAAGGCCUUAGUAGCAAAGGAGGCAGCACAACGGUUCAACCCGAACGUCAAAAUUGUCGCACACCACGCCAACAUCAAAGAUGACAAGUUUACGGUGGCAUGGUUCCAGCAGUUUCGUAUUGCUUUCAACGCCUUGGACAAUCUCGAAGCGCGCAGACACGUGAACAAGAUGUGUCUAGCAGCUGACGUACCGCUGAUCGAAAGUGGCACCACUGGGUUCAACGGCCAGGUACAGGUUAUCAAGAAAGGCGUUACCGCAUGCUACGACUGCACUACCAAAGAGGCGCCUAAGUCUUUCCCUGUGUGCACAAUCCGAAGCACCCCAAGUCAGCCUAUCCACUGCAUCGUCUGGGGCAAAAGCUACCUGCUCAACGAAAUAUUCGGCACCAGUGAAGACCAGGCGGCUUUCGACCAUUCAACCGAUGCUGACAAUGCCCAGGAAAUCGAAGAGUUGAAGAAGGAAUCGGAAGCCCUCAAAAAGAUUCGGGAUGCCAUUGGCACAUCCAAGUUCCCCCAUAUGCUAUUCGAUAAGGUUUUCAACGCCGACGUUGAGCGACUACGGUCUGUCGAGGGCAUGUGGAACUCGCGACGAGCCCCUGAACCUCUUCAAUACGAGACCGUUCUAGCGCAAGCAAAAGAUGCUAUUGCUAACAAAGGCAUGAUUCUGAGCGAUGACCAAAGGGUUUGGUCUCUUGAAGAGAGUCUAGCAGUCUUCAACGACAGCCUAGACCGACUAAGUAAGAGAGUCCUGGAGCUCAAGAAGAACAAAGCUCCUGAAGAUCCUGAACCCACAAUCACCUUUGACAAGGAUGAUAUUGAUACUCUCGAUUUCGUGACGGCAAGUGCCAACAUCCGAUCUACAAUCUUCGGAAUCGACAAGAAGUCUCGAUUUGAUACUAAGCAAAUGGCCGGCAACAUCAUCCCCGCAAUCGCCACAACAAAUGCCAUUGUCGCUGGUCUCUGUGUUCUCCAGUCUUUCAAAGUUUUGAAAGGCGAGUAUGCAAAGUCGAAGGAGGUGUUCUUGACCCCAUUUGCACCGGCUCGACUCCUAGCCCCUGACAGGUCUAGGGAGCCAAAUCCUGACUGCCCAGUAUGCGGCGUCUACUUCACCAGUGUUGCUGCAGACCUGUCUCGCGCGACUCUCAAAGACCUUGUAGAUGAUGUUGUCAAAUCGAAGCUGGGCUUUGAAGGGAAGGAGUUUGUUGUAAACAACGAUGUAGGAACUCUGGUCGAGUGUUUUGAAGAUGGAGAUGAUGAGAACCUACCGAAGAAACUGAGCGAACUCGGUAUCAAGAAAGAUUCGUUCUUAACAGUCAUUGACCAAGACGACGAUGACACUUUUGUGAACGUUGUCAUCAAUGUUCAAGAAGGUACAUUUGAAGAGGAUAAGAACCCUUUUGAGGUCGCAUUCUCAGAUACUCCCCACAUUCCACGUCGACCGAAGAAGCCUCAGCCUGUCGAAUCGAAUGGUAACGGCGAAGUUAAUGGAAAGGCUGUCGAUGUCGAGCCUAAGGGUGUCAAGAGACCGCACGCCGACGAUGGCAAUCCACCUCUCAAGAAGCUCAAGAUUUCAGACUCCAGCACAGAAAUUGUCGAUGUGGACGAGGACCAAGGUCGAGCCAACGGUGGCGCGAUCGUCAUUGAUGACUGA